CUGACAGAUCAGUCGUGGUGAAAUUGGGACAUUCGUAGAGGGCUUAAAUUUUAAUUACAGGUAACCCUAAUUUGAGUUUGACACAUUGUUUGACUUUGUUUUUCGAAUCAAUGCUUUAUACUGGAUUUUCGUAGUUUGUUAUUUUAUAAUAACACAAUAAAUGUGUGUAUCGAUGCAAAUGUGCGUACUGUACACUUUUUAAUGUGUCUUCGAAAUGGAAGAUCAUUUUCCGAUACUAUGUGCCUCAAAACCUUUAAAGCCAGAAUUUGUAAAAUUCCAAAGAAUCGCAAUUACCUCUGAAGAUUUCAAACUUGGUCGUGGUCUUCAAAACUCUGUAGUUAUACCGUUCGUUUGUCUCUCUAGAGAUCAUUGCGUGUUUAAGAAAAUAGACAACAACUGGAUAUUGGAAGACUGCAGUUCCUUUGGCAUUGAAGUAAAUGGAGACAAACUGGGCAAAGGCCAAAAACGCAAACUAAAUAAUCAGGAUGUCAUAAAGCUAGAAUCUUCCAAUGAAUUUGUGUAUAAAUUCGUCAGUAGUAUUGAGCAGUCAACGCCAUGUAAGAGAAGGAAACUAGAAACAGAUGAAAACUGUGAUUUUAUAAAUAAUGUGAAAAAGAAAUUUGAGGAGUCCCAGAGUUGUGAAAUUCAGCAUAUUGAGGAGAAAAUCCAGAAUGCAAAGCACAUGCAGAGUACUAGUAAGAUGUUAAAAGAGCAGCUACAGUUAGAUUUGAGUAGGAAAGAGCAGCAGCUGCACGAUGAAUACGCGGCACAGAUAAAGAAGUUGAAAGGGCAGCAGGAUGAGGUGGAGCAGCAGAAGGCGCUGCUCCUCGAGGAGCGGGACCUGCAGCUGGCGGCCGUUAAAGUGGAAAUGGAGGGGAAAAUUGCGUCCUUAAUGGAACAAAUAUCAAAACAUAAUGAAACUGAGUCAGAGCUCAUUCAAGAAAAUAAUGCUCUCAAAGAGAAGUUAUUAAAAGAGAGGGAUGAGUUCCUGUCCGAGCUGAACCGAGAAAGCUCCUCUAAGCAGGAGAUGCUGGAUAAGCUGGAAGCCAGGAUACGAGAGCAGGAAGAAGUGCGGCUGAAAGAAAAGAAAGAGUUAGAGGAGACGCUGCGGAGAGAGACGGAACAAUUCAGACUUGCUAAAGAAAAGGAAUUAAAAGAAUUAGAAGAACAAAAACUACUUAGAGAAAAGGAGUUAGAAGAACAAUUGAACAGUAUAAAGAGUAACCUUGCAAAACAGAUAGAGUUACAUGAGAAUGAGAAGCGGGAAGCGGAACAACUCCUUAAUCAGCAGAAGGAACAGCUACAGAAACUAACAGAUGAGGAGAAAUCUAAGAUUAAACAAUUAAUAGAGGAGCGUGCUGAAAUCGAAAAGAAACUGGCUUUGGCUGAAGCUGAUGCUGGCAAGUCUAUACAGACACUAGAGGAACACGUGAAGAAACGUGAGAUAGAGCUGUCAGCGCUAGCGGCCGACAGGAUUCAGCAGCAGGCGGAGCAGUCCAGCGAGGUCAUCAGCUCUCUACAGGCGCAGCUCGAAAAGGUCCGAGACCAACUACAAUCAGUAGAAACCGAGAAGAAGUCCCUCCUCGAGAGCCUCACGGUGACCUGCGUGGGCGAGGGCUCCAAGUCUGCCGACGUCGAAGACAUCAUAGAGACAGAACUGCAGUGUUCCAUCUGUUCCGAACUCUUCAUUCAUGCCAUUACCCUGGGCUGCUCGCACAGCUUCUGCAAAUACUGCAUCGACAAGUGGAAGAAGAAUAAGAGAGAAUGUCCUAUAUGCAGGACAGUCAUAACGUCUGAGUGCAAGAGCAUAGUACUGGACUCUCUGAUCGAGCGAAUGAUGCAGACAUCCGAGGAGGCUAAGCAGAAACGGCAAGAGAUCCUCAACGCGAGAGCAGCGGAGGUCAUUCAGAUGACGACUCGUCAACCGGCAGCGAGAGCGACAACGUCGGGGAGGAAUCGUGGCCGGAGGAGAACGACUACGAGAACUACGACGACGAGUACGACUGGGGCCCCGCCGACGACUACGAACACCCCCUCGACGUAUUCUUCGGCCGCGGCGGGCGCUACUUCAGCGACUACCGCGGUCGCUACACGUCCAGCUCCGAUUCCGACAGUGGAUCUGACGUGGAUCCCGACGCCGCCGCCGCCGACGCGGGAGCUGCGCGCCGUGCGCCUGCCGCGGGGGGCGCUGCCCGUGCCGCGGGGGGCGGGGCCGGCGCCGCCGGGGGCCAUCCCGCUGGAGGCGCUGCGGGCGUACUUCCAGCGCCCUCCGACGCAGCCGCUGCCGCAGGUCAUUCAGGUGGUCAGGAUGGCGAACGGGCAGCUGGUGCGAGUGGGCGCCGGCGCCGCCGCUACGUCCCCGGGCUUCCCGGCUCCUACUACGGCGGCUACGGGCGCUGCUACCGCUGCCGCGCGCGCGGCCACUGGGCGCCCGGCUGCCCCGACCGGUAGCCCCGCCCGCCCCGCCUUGCCGCACCCGCCCCGACACCAACCCCCGCCGGCGAACCAGUAGUUGUUUGUUAACGAGCUGUGCGAUGUUCGUAUCUACGGAGUCUGAAAGUGUCCGCUUCAGAUACCGCGCAGACGUAGUGAGAAGUUGCUCACAGCUGCUAAGUCACUAAAAAUAGAAUCUAUAUUUAUUACAUUACAUUAACAAUCUGCACCGAUAGCAUGGUCGCGCGAUAAACGAUAAAACAUCGGGCCGUCCCUAUCGCACUUAGAAAUAGUGCGAUUAGGGACGGCCUGAUGUUUUAUCAUUUAUCGGGCGACCAUGCUUGCCGCCUACCUGGUGUUAACGAAGGAAAAUUAACCUCUUCAUGUAAUACUCAUUUGUCCUAAAACAAACUAGACGUUUACUUGACUUAUAAGGUAUUGAUAUUCUUAGAGGCGAUACAGACGGACUGCUAACUGCAACUUUCAAACAAGUGUAGAGGAAAAGUGCACGCUAACUGCAGUUGAGUCGCAGUACGUAUGUGUCGGCCCUUCAUUAUUUCUGCGCUUAAAUAUUUUAUAGGAACUGUUAAACUGCCCUUAAAUCAAUCUAGAUGAUAGAGGGCACCUGUUAUUAAAUUUGCCACUAUCUAUUACUAUAACUUCGUACGUAUAAUUAUACAGCCCACCGAACCGAACAUACCACGCCUACAAUGUCAGGCGUUUAAUAAGCAUGGUGUUACGAAUAAUGGGAACCUACUGUAAAAAUAAAUUUUAAUGAAUAUUAAUAAAGACUGUGAUAUUGUAAUUUUAACAGCCAUCUAGUAAUAUGCUAGAUCCGUUGGAUUUUUUGUACUUUUAUUUUCAUAUUCGUAGUUGAGUACGUAGGUAUAUCAACUAAAUUUGAACUGUAAAAUUAAUGACAGAUAUUCUUUAAGUGAUGUACAUAUUAGGAAAAAAAUGUUCGAUGGCUUGUGUAGUCAGCAGUGUCGGAAGCAGAGCAUUGUAGACAAGGUUACACGACUUACAACACUUGUCGCUAGAUGUUUCUGAGAAAGUCGCGCCUUUUCUCAUGAUGGGCCGUUUCUUGCACACGUGUGACGAACUUUAUCGCCUAGUAUAUCUCUGGCCUCAUAUUUCCUUGUCAUUACAAAGUGGCAUUACUCAUUACCGCUAAGAGAGUGAGAAUUAUCUACGUAAUGAUUGUAUGAUUCUUAUCAGCGUCCUCUUAAGAUUAUUAUUAAUGAAACUACAUGUUGAUAAAAAUGAUGAACCUUUGAUGUUUGAAUAAUUGAUAAUUACGAGUAUUAUAAAAAUGUGUCAUGAACGUCAGAUAUGUUACAAAAAGAUAUGUUGUUUAAUUUUAAUUUAGUUAUUAUAAUAAUAUUGAUUCAAAAAAUA